AUGGCAUUGGCUCCUCAUAUGGAGGUCAUCUCGGGUCUCUGUGCUGCGCACGGCCUGCAGCACGACUCGGGCGUCGACUUUGGGGGAAGCGGAGCGGAGAAAAGCUGGCAGGGUAGACCGCAGCAAGCGGUGCACGCUUCUGGAUCCUCUAGCGCGCCGCUCCUUUCGGACGGAAAGCCAAAGCUGAACAUUGCCUCAUCAUCCGCUUCUAGUGUGGCUGCCAGUCCACUCGUCAUGAGUCCUGCUCCCAGAAACGAUCAUGAUGACGAAGCGGAUGCGUGGGACGAGGUGGCUAGAACGCUCAAACCGAUCGGAGAUACGCUUAGAGGCGGUGAGUGGCGAGCGGUCCAGGUCGACCCAGUCUUGCUGCCAGGGUCAUCCUUUCUGAUGCGCGCGCACCCUCACAGACCGCUUGAGAACGCCUUUGGGCAGCUCAGACUUGCCCAGCAGUGUCGUGCAUAUUCUCCGCGUUGCCCGGCGCCAGUCUGUACUUGCGAAUGACAGAACAUCGGCUAGCGAAGCCGAUGCCGUCACGGAAUGUCUGCGGAUCGUCGCCAAUCUAUGCAUCGACCACGGUGAGCUGUACGCUGAGGAUGCUUCACUCUACGUCCGCAAAGCUCACUCCGCCCCCAUGUGCAGCCGACAAUCGCGCGCGCUUCUUGGAUGUUGGAGGAGUGCAAGCCGUCAUUUCGACUCUCGAUGGCAUUCUCUCCAGCCCCAUCCCCACCGACCCUUCCGCUUUGCAAUUCUCGCCCACUUCCCUCAAGCUCUUGCGGACAAGCGCAGGAGCGCUACUCAAUCUUGCGCUGGAGCAUCCGGGCGUGCACCAAGCACUGCGUUCCGAGCAUCACCUCUCUACAUUGGCCAAGCUCGCUUCUUGGCCUCGCCUCUACGUCCCAAGUGCUUGGUCAGCCGAGCGCGUCCACUUUGACAGAGCUGCGCGGAGUGCCGCAAGGGGGGAAGAGGACAUGCAGAGGAUCAGAGAUGCAGCUUCCACUGCUGGCUGGGGCUGGAGAGUCCUGUGCGACGUGUGUGCGGAUCAAGAGGAGCCCGGCGAAGCAGAGGAGGCAGACAAGGAUCAAAAAGAGGCGGAAGCGGAAUCAGAAGCGGACCACCCAGUAGAACUCCUCUGUCGAAGCGAAGGCUUCAAUGCCCUCUUCAGGCCCCUCGUUGCCAUGCUCGUGGCUCAACGGCCCUCGGCACAGGGCACGGUACUGCCUUGGACAGAUGACGACGUGUCCGAUCUAAUAUCGUCAGACUCUGACAUUCUUACGCUGGCUGCAGAGCUUUUGGAGACUGCAGGUCGACGAUCGAGCACCUUUAGGAGUCGCAGCAUGCACGCGAUCAACUUGGACGCCCACUCUGCCCGCCUACUCUCUGAUCUGCCAGCCUUGCCCACACCGCUGGCGUUGUUGAUGCAUUUUCUAGACGUGUCGACGUCUCCUCCAUCGUGGGAAGGUCAAGGUGUUCCAGCAGCGUCAGAUGCGGAAGCGCUCAGCGAAGCUAAAAAGACUUAUUCUCUGUCCAAGGCUAGCGUGGCUCGGGCCAUUGUGGCGAUCAGCGGCGAGGAUGAGAACAUGGACAAACUCUUUGCGGGCGGCAUGCACAACGAUCGCAAAGAGGGAUGGUUUUUGGGCACAUGUGCAGACUGGAUGGGAAGGCGGAAUAGGGAAGAUUUGGCUGGGACUGCUCUAUUGGCGCUGGGCAACUUGGCGCGCAAAGGUGAGCACAGUUGUGGGACACUCUUUUUUCGCGCAACGUCUGACCUCGCCCAACUCUCGCCCAGACGCCAAUUGCAUUGCGUUGGUCAAACAUUCCGCUUUGCUACCCACGCUCGUCUCCCACUUGCAGACAGCCGAGCCGGACAUCAAGGUCAUCUACGGCUGCGUCGGCCUGCUCAAGAACCUCUCCAUUCCUGCGCCCAACAAGUCAUUGCUGGGUGAUGCUGGACUUUUGGAACUAGUGGCUCCAUUCUUGGAUGCCAAAUACGACAAUGUUCAGCCUCUUCAAUUCGCCACUGUCGGGCUAUUGAAACACCUCUGCGCUGGCGGUCAGAUCCAAAAUGCCCUUAGACUCGUACUUGGCAAGUCGAAUGGGAGGAUGCCGUUGGGGAUUUUGUUGAGCGUGCUUGGCAGGACGGAAGAUGUGCCUACGCGCAUGGAAGGUACACGCAUCCUAGUCAACGCUAUCAAGACAUUGUGGCAAGCUCAGACUUCCGGUGAUGCUACCUCAGACUCGAAGCGCGCCGAAGCCAAAAGUCUGUUGUUGGGAAACGAAGCCGUUGUGACAGCCUUGUCAGAGAUGGUGCGAGCAAGUCACAAGUAUCCAGUGCUUGUCAACGAAGGCAUCUUUGCUUUGACACUGCUCUCAACAGAGCCUGCUGGAGGUGAGUCGAACCAGAACUCUGAUCUUUGAGAAUGUCUGCUGACGAGUGGUCGUGGCGUUCGCAGCCAUCGCGGUAGCCGAAGCGAUGCUUCGGAUAGGUGAAGUCCCAUCUCGUAAGGAUUCCGGCCAAUCCGCAUCCGCCAGCAUCUCCGACCUCUCCGCUUCCGAAGCCGGCACGUCCAGCGCAGCAGCCCCUGCCGAUGCGCACACUCAACAUCCCCAACGGCAAGAUACUCUGCAAGCGUAUCGGAAAAAAUCCUCCUCGGCAUCUUCCAGCACUGCUUCACCGCCCAGAUCCAUCGACAUGGUGUACUCUGUUCUAGCGCGCAGGGACGCUAGGAUGCCCCCCGCAUUCGCAGCCAACGCAUGCUCUCUGCUCGAAGCUAUUGCUGAACAAGCUCAAGCCGGACGGCAAAGAGAUUUGAUGGAGAAGAUUUCCAGGGAACUGUUACCUGCGCUCAGACACCUCAACGAGCAAGGCCCCUCUGAAGUCAUGCCACAGGCUGCGGCCACGCUUCGUGCCGUUCAACGUGCUCAAGAGCAGUAG